GCGCGAUCUUUUGACGUCAUCUCCAUUCCAAACAUGCCCUGAAAUUCCUGGAUAUUCGAUAACAUAUUGUACAUAAAUCUUUUCAUUUGACACCGAUUUUCAAAUUAUUUUGUGGGAUAUAUUUUAGGGGUUUUCGUCAAAAAUGCCUAGUUCAAGAAGAAAGAUACUCAAACACGUUAUGUCCAACAUUUGGACCAGAAUGCACAGAACAAAGCAAAUUCCUAGCGACAUCAUGGAAACUCCACUGAAUCGUUGUUUGAAUACUUUCGAUAUUACUUUGUUAGGCAUCGGACACAUGGUAGGGGCUGGAAUAUACGUUUUGACAGGGACAGUGGCAAGGGAUAUAGCUGGACCUGGCAUAAUAUUUUCAUUUUUGCUAGCAGGCUUGGCCUGUAUAUUAUCAGCAUUAUGCUAUGCAGAAUUCGGAACAAGAAUACCUAAGGCUGGAUCUGCUUACAUCUACACCUACAUCAGCAUUGGCGAGUUCUGCGCAUUCGUUAUUGGUUGGAAUAUCUUACUAGAACACAUGAUAGGGGCGGCAUCUGUGGCAAGGGCAUGGAGUGGCUAUGUGGAUUCACUUUUCGAUGGCAUCAUCAGCAACACAACAAUUGCAUUUACAGGAGAAUUACAUGAAGCCCUUUUUGGGCGUUAUCCUGAUGUACUCGCCUGCUUGGUAUGCCUCACAUACGCCUCGCUUCUAGGCAUCGGAGUCAAGGGAUCCGCCAUAGUCAACAGUAUCUUAACAAUGGUCAACUUAUGCGUUAUGGGUAUCGUAAUAACCGUCGGAUUUUACUACGCCGACUGGGACAAUUGGACAGAAGUGAGAGGAGGAUUUCUACCGUAUAAACUUGAAGGUGUAAUUGCUGGGGCUGCCACCUGCUUCUAUGCUUUCGUAGGAUUCGAUAGCAUCGCUACUUCUGGGGAGGAAGCUAAGAAUCCCAGUUUUUCCAUUCCUGUAGCUACAAUAAUAUCUAUGGGGAUUGUUACCUUGGGUUAUGUACUAGUAGCUGCUGCCUUAACUCUUCUGAUACCGUACCACGAUAUAAACCCUGAGGCAGCUCUACCUGAAGCCUUCGCACACGUUGGUAUGCACUGGGUGAAAUAUGUGGUGUCCCUAGGGGCCCUUUGUGGUAUGACGACAACUCUAUUUGGGUCCCUAUUCUCUCUUCCAAGAUGUAUAUAUUCCAUGGCACAAGACGGCCUUCUAUUCGGUUUUCUAGGGAAUGUUAACGAUAAGACCCAAGUACCAUUGGCUAAUCUAGUAAUAUCAGGAGUUCUCACCUCCCUUAUAGCCUUGAUGUUCGAUCUGGAGAAACUGGUAGAAUUCAUGUCGAUUGGUACACUUCUAGCCUACACUAUAGUGAGUGCCUCAGUCAUCAUACUGAGGUAUAGGCCUAAUUACGAAGCUAGCAAAAGAAUCGUCUCAUCUCCCAAUUCCGAAGGCUCGAUGUCUUCAGAAUUAACCAGCCCCAGUAGUGAAAUUGUGAAUUUAGCUGGUACUUUGCGGGUGCAAUAUAGCUGGUUAGCUCCAGUCCUGGGCAGAUGCAAGGCGGGAUCUGCAGUAUGCAUGUCAACUUUAGUGUUCAUACUCUUCAGUACAGCUUUAUGCAUUAUGCUCCACGUUUCCAAUUAUGAUCUGGAGUAUGGAACGUGGUGGUCAAUUGGUUCGAUUUGUUUCUUCAUAUUCGUCAUGGCAUCGUGCCUGGUUGUGAUUAUCGCACAUCAUCAAAACGAUUCAGCCAACUUGAAAUUCAAAGUUCCGAUGGUACCCUUGAUGCCUGCUCUGAGUAUAUUAUGCAAUAUCGAAUUCAUGAUCCAUUUGAAUAUUCUGACCUGGCUAAGAUUCUUCGUAUGGAUGGUAUUAGGAAUGCUCAUUUACUUCCUUUACGGCAUUCAUCAUAGUAAAAUGGAAGAUUUGAGCACCUCCUACUCUGUACUGAUGACUUCAUCGGAAGCAGUGAAAGAAAAAUGGGGAUCCACCACUAGGACGAACUUAAAACAAACUUUGUUCAAGAGGAAAGCUUCAGGUGACCGCAGGGCAAUCAUAGAUGACGAAGAUAGUGACUGAGAAUAUUAAUCCCACAUAUUUUUUAUGUUAGGAUACUUUUGAUAGUUCAAACGAAAGGACAAUAGGAUUAUAGGAACUAUGAAAGACGCCGAGAGCCUUAUCCAUGUAAUCAAAAUAAUAUUCGAGAGGUAUAUGUGUGAGUUUAUCAUGAAUAAACAUUUUUAUUUUCUAAUAUUGAAAGGUAUAGUUUGAGAAAAAAAGGUACGAGAUAUUAUAUUGCUGUUAUAGAUUUUCGACGCACAAGUAGGGACUGAUAAUCUGACGCUUAUAUAAUGACUAAUCUGAGGCAAAAUCGCACAUUUAUUAUGUAUGUUUUAGUUGAUUUUUGUUAAGCCACUAUUUCAGUUCAAUCUUUUAUUAUAUUUUCUACAUUUAAGUUGAUUGUAUGAUAUAGCUAUAGGUUUUCCGAACGAGAGACUAUUAUCAUUGUUAUCUCUUAUUACUUUUAGGAGAAUUUAUUGAAAAAUUUUAAUCCAAAUUAUUAUAGUGUGCGUUUCAUAUGUUGAGAUUUGGACAUGUUGAAUAAAUGCAUAUUUUGGUUUA